CUUUGAUUGUAAAAGUGAUUAAAAUAUAAAAACUUUAAUUUAAAAAAUAAUAUAUAUUUUAAAGAUAAUAACAGUUCAAAUAUUACCCAGAUAAAAUGAUUUUUUAAACAUAAAGGGAUAAUUAGCUGACUAAACAGGUUAUUUGAACUAUAUAUUAUACUAAUAGAAAAAUGAAAGGAACCAGGAAUAUCUUUAAACGAUUGAAUCAGGAAGAAUUUUUAAAUUAAUAAAUGUAAGUUUAGAAAACUAUGUAGAUAGUCAUAGGAUAUUUAUAGAAAAAGACUCUUAAAUCAUUUUAUAAGAAGUACACUAUAAAUUCAAAAAAUUAAAAUUUAAAAUAAAUUAAAAAAGGGAUUAAUAAUAAAUAUAAGAAAUAACAAACUAAGAUUUUUCUUAAAUAAAAAUUGAUUAUAUGACCUAAAAACCUUUUUUUAAUAUUUCCUAAAUGAAACUUUAAACAUAAAACCGAUAUACUUUUUAUGGAAAAGUAACUGAUUUUGGGGAAUAAGAUAAUUAUUUUAUUGGAAAUGUGACUGAUCCUACAGGAAAUAUUCGAUUUGAAGUUCUCAAAAUGAUUAUUCUUCCAUAAUUACAAAUGAUGAGAUUAUUAUAUUCAGAAAUAUUCAAGUAAAAUUAAAUUAAAAAGGUUAAAAGCAAGUAAUUUUGGAUAAUAAUAGCAAAUAUGCAAUUAUUGAUAUGACAAAAGAGGAAAAUAAAUAAAAAUAUUAACUUUAAAAAUACAAGAAAA